AUGGCUGUUCAAACUGACUGUAAAUCAGUUACUGAGGAAAUUAAAGCUCUACAACUCCAUGACAAACCAUCAGCUGUUGGAAUGGUGAAGGAGCCACUGGGGAUGGACGGCAUCACACUAAAUAUCGCCAUCACUGGAGAAUCUGGUUCUGGUAAAUCCAGCUUUGUUAAUGCCUUCAGAGGCAUAGAUGAUGAAGAUGAGGAAGCUGCUGCGACCGGCACUGAAGAAACCACUCAUGAGGUCACACCGUACCCCCAUCCAGAGUAUCGUAAUGUUACUUUAUGGGAUCUUCCUGGAAUCGGAACCACCAAGUUUCCAGCUGAUAAGUACUUGGAGCAGAUUGGAUUUGAGAAGUUUGACUUCUUCAUCAUCGUCUCAGCUGUUCGGUUCAAAGAGAAUGAUGUGAAACUUGCUCAGGAGAUUCAGAGGAUGAAGAAAAAGUUCUACUUUGUUCGCUCAAAAACUGACCGCGAUAUAAAAGCUGAGAGAAGAAAGAGAGACUUCAGUGAAAAGAGGACUCUGACAACAAUCAGAGACGACUGCGUUCAAGGAGUCAGAAGACUGGGCAUCAAGUCUCCACAGGUCUUCCUGGUGUCCAGCUUUGAGCUCCACCUGUACGACUUCUCUCUCUUACAAGAGACCUUAGAGAGAGAACUUCCUGAACUCAAGAGAGAUGCUCUGCUGUUUGCUACACCCAGUGUCAACCUGAAGAUCAUCAGCAAGAAGAAAGAAGCUUUCAAGUCUUUAAGUACAAGCACAGACGACCAGUUUGGAUUUGCAUUAGUUAAAGAAGAAAUUAAUGAAGCUCUGCUGCAGAAUGACCAACCAGCAGCUGCUGCAAAGAUCAAAGAGUUAAUGAUGAAGGAGAAAAACAUCACACUAAAUAUCGCCAUCACAGGAGAAUCUGGUUCUGGUAAAUCCACCUUUGUUAAUGCCUUCAGAGGACUGUCCGAUGAUGAUAAGGGAGCUGCUCCUACUGGUGUUAAAGAAACCACCUCAGAGGUCACACCGUACCCCCAUCCAAACUAUCCCAAUGUUACUUUAUGGGAUCUUCCUGGGAUCGGCUCCACCAAGUUUCCAGCUGAUAAAUACCCGGAGCUUGUUGGAUUUGAGAAGUUUGACUUCUUCAUCAUCAUCUCAGCUGAUCGCUUCAGAGAAAAUGACAUGAAACUCUCUCAGGAGAUUCAGAGGAUGAAGAAAAGGUUCUACUUUGUUCACUCAAAGAUCGACGAAGACAUACGAGCUGAGAAAAGAAAGAAAAACUUCAAUAAAGAGAGGACUCUGACAAAGAUCAAAGACGGCUGCGUUCAGAGACUCAGAGGAUUAGGCAUCGAGUCUCCGCAGGUCUUCCUGGUGUCCAGCUUUGAGCUCCGCCUGUACGACUUCUCUCGCUUACAUCAGACCUUAGACAGAGACCUUCCUGCACACAAGAGAGAUGUUCUGCUGCGAGCCAUGCCCAACAUCAGCCCAGAGAUCAUCAGGAAGAAGAAACAAGCUCUGAAGUCCAAAGUAAAAUACUGGGCUAUUCUGUCUGCAGUUGGAGCAGCUGUUCCAGUUCCUGGACUUUCUAUUGCUGUUGAUGCUGUUUUGCUGGUUGGUGUUGUCACAGAUUAUGUUCAUGUGUUUGGUCUCGAUAUCUGGUCUCUGAAGAGACUUUCUGUCAUCACUUCACCACUGGUUACAGCAGAAAUAAGUAUACCGCUCCUCUUGAAAGUGAUAGCCCAACUUGGGUCCAUAGCUGCAUUAAUUGCAGCAGAGGAAACAACCAGAUUUAUUCCAAUUAUUGGAAUUCCAGUAUCAGCGGGUCUCUCUUUCACCACAACCUACAAAAUUCUGAAUUUGAUCCUUGAUCAGCUGGCUGAAGAUGCUCAGAAGGUGUUUGAAAAGACUCAGGGUCUGAACACAGUGUGA